GGAGACUUACCUCUGCGUCACAAGCUCUGACGUCAUCGCGCACUACUAAACUCAUGGUGAUCGCCGAGUGUGCGUGGUGGUCGCUGCCCGGUGUAGUGUUACCUUCCUCCGGGCACCAUGGGCUCGUAAGAUGCCUUCGCUGUGGAAACGGAUAACCUUCUCCGCGGCCUCGGUGCUCUGCGUCGGCUCGGUGGUGCUGCUGGUCGUGGCUCUGUCCACGGAGCGCUGGGUCACCGGGCGGAUCCUGUGCAAAACCGGGGCAGAGAUAGUGAACGCUUCCCAUCCUGAGAUGGAGCUGUUCAUCGGGCACAUUUACUACGGUUUGUUCCAGGGAGGCAAGACCAAGAAGUGUGGGCUGGGCAACAGGCGGUCCAAAAUAUACAUUUUCCCAAAUCUGGUGCGGACAUUGAACAGUGGCCUCCACAUGAUGGUGAUCCUCUUCCUACUGGUGGCUGUGGGCUUCGCUCUGGUCAGUCUGUCUUUCUGCAUUUACAACGCACGAAAAGUUCCCUACCAGAGCAUCAAGGGGCACAAAGGACUCUACCUGUGGAACUUCAUUGCUGCUUUCUUUGCUUCCCUGGGCCUGCUGUGUUUCCUGGCAGCUGUGAGGCACCACAGUCUGACGGAGCGGGUAGCCAAUCAUCGAGAGAACCUCUUCGUGCUGGAUGUGCUGGACGACAGCCUGGACUGGUCCUUCUGGCUGGGAGUGGGCAGCAUUGCAUCUCACUUUGUCGUCUGUGGAGUGGUUGCAAUGAGCCGGAUCAAACUGCCUAAACCAGAAAUCAAGAAACCUGAAGAACCCACCAUCUCUUCUCUGGACCUGCUUUACUGAGGUACCAGCAGAGGAGCAUUUACUGGAGCAUAACACAAUGACUGACAGUGAAACCAACCCUGUGGACAGUGCUCUUCCACUUAAUGAAUGCAAAAAGUCCUGCAGCACAAACUUUCUUUUGCAUUCUGGACAUCAUUUAUAGAUGAAAAAUGUAAAUAAAUCAUUAUCAUUGUCAUUACAUGUAUAGAAUGUCAUUAACUGAUGUGUUUAUUAGUCACUUUCAACCUUCUCAAGUCAGUUUUUACAAAAUGAUGUUAUAAUACAGUAUUCUAUACCCUAAUAGAAAGUGUGAAGUAUGCAUGAAUAUUAGGGAGUUAUGUGUUAGAGUAAUAAUUCAAAUCCACAAAAAGAACAAUACCAAAAAUAAUCACAAAAUAAUUAUAUAAUUUUACCAACACUAAAGGAUUUUUAUCACAACUAUCAGAUUGGUUAUAAAGUAUUGGACAGCCUACUAACAAACUUGUGACACAUACAAAAC